GGGGGAGAAUUCUGAGCAGUAUAAAGCAAAGAAAUUAGAAAGAAGAGUCCAAGAAAAGAAAGAAAAAGAACGGAAUCGCCCCUCCCGUCACGCCGUCAGAGAGAGAGAGAGAGAGAGAAGAAGAAGGGGCCUCCAUACCCACCCCUCAACCCCUCAACCUCCAUCGCCAUCACUCCCCUCCUCCCUGCCUUCCCUCCAUCUUCCUCCAUCUCCAUCAUCUCCAUCUUCGCCACCAAAACCUCUCUCUCUUUCUAUCUCUAUACCCUAUGCCCUCCCACCUCCAAAUCCAAAAACCCAAACCCAAACCCAAACCCUAACCCCCACCAAUCUUGGAUCUCCAUCUGAAAUUUCUCUUCAUCGUCGCCGUCGCCGUCGCCGUCGGCGUCAUCGUCAUCGUCAUCAUCAUCAUCAUCUGCAUCUUGUUCGGCAUUGAUCGGGAUCUUCUAAAUGUACAGAUCUCCAUACAUUCUCUCCCUCGCCCUCCUCCUCUCCCUCUCCCUCCUCUUCUUCCUCGGGCCCCGCCUCCUCGGCCCCGCGCCGCCGCUCCCCCUCCCCAUCUCCCCCUCCGACGAGAGCGACGACCUCUCCCUCCUCCGCCGCGCCUCCUCCCCGACCUCCCCCUCCCGCCUCUCCUCCGCCUCCCGCCGCCCCAAGAUCGCCUUCCUCUUCCUCACCAACACCCUCCACUUCGCCCCUCUCUGGCAGCGCUUCUUCUCCGGGUCCCCGCGCCACCGCCGCCUCUUCAACGUCUACGUCCACGCCGACCCCUCCUCCAACGUCUCCGCCCCCGCCGACGGCGUCUUCGCCGGCCGCUUCAUCGCCGCCAAGCGCACCGCCCGCGCCUCCCCGACCCUCAUCUCCGCCACCCGCCGCCUCCUCGCCACCGCCAUCCUCGACGAUCCCGCCAACACCUACUUCGCCCUCGUCUCCCAGUACUGCGUCCCGCUCCACUCCUUGGCCUACGUCUACCGGUCCCUCUUCGAGGCCCCCCGCUUCGACCUCACCGACCCCGAUGCCUCCAGCAGCCACGGCGUCCUCCUCCGCUUCCGCAGCUACAUCGAGAUCCUCUCCCGGUCCAAGAGCCUCUGGAAGCGGUACACGUCCCGGGGGCGGUACGCGAUGCUCCCCGAGGUCCCGUUCGAGCAGUUCCGGGUCGGAUCCCAGUUCUUCGUCCUCACGCGCCGCCACGCCCGGGCCGUCGUGAGGGACCGCAAGCUCUGGAAGAAGUUCCGGCUGCCCUGCUACCAGGAGAACUCGUGCUAUCCUGAGGAGCAUUACUUCCCGACCCUCCUGUCCAUGGAGGACCCUGGCGGCUGCACGCAUUACACGCUGACCCGGGUCAAUUGGACGGGCACCGUCAAUGGGCACCCCCACACGUACCGGCCCCCGGAGGUCUCCCCCGACCUGAUCCGCCGGCUCCGCUCGUCCAAUUACUCGGAGUCGUACCUUUUCGCGAGGAAAUUCUCGCCGGAUUGCUUGGAGCCGUUGAUGAGCAUCGCCGACAAGGUCAUUUUCCGCGACUGAUCUCUUUUGCUGCUCAGGUUUACAAAGAGCAGGGGAAGAAUUUUGUGCCACAAAGGCUGCGAGAACAAUAUUCGAGAGAACGCAUGGGGAAAAAUGGUUUGAAGCGGCGUCAACGUGCCCAUGACCGAGAAAGCCUGCGUGCUCCAUCUUGAGCCUCUCGCAUCGAAGAGACAAAAAUGUAGAUUACCAGAUUUAAGAAGUCCGAGCAGGUACUUCUAUUAGAGUUUAGAGAGUGCAAAAAAAGAAUUUUAUGACGACAACUGUCAUGGUAUGCCAGUAUUGUAAUUAGGCUCCUUAGAGGUAAAUUACCUCCCUUUUUUGUACAUAGCGUAUGGGGGAAGAAUAAUCCUCCUUGUACUCUCUUUACUCAUUCAAGAUGAGAGGUGAGCAAGAAAGAUGGUGUAAUGGGAAAUUGGGAAAGAGAAAAAAGCCAAGAACCGAUGGGGCUUUAGAGUGCAAAAGGUAGAAAGGGCGACUCCCCGAAGCUUUUUUGUUGCCUGGUGCUUUCCUUCUGCUGUUGGAUAAAUCUUCUUUCUAAAGUUAUUCCUGAUUCCAGUUC